CUAGUGGUCAAAAAUAAGAAGCCGUUGGACAUGUGGAUUUUUGUAAAGCCUUUGAGGUGGGACCUUUGGCUGACAAUCAUCAUCGCCUGCAUAUUGAUGGGAAUAGUGCUUCGAAUAUUGGAACACAGAGUACCAAACACAAAUGAAGAGUCAGUUAGGCCACGCAGGGAGAGACUUCAAUUGACUUACUGGUCUCCAAUAACAGCUCUUGCAUUUCCUGAAAGGAAUAUGGUAGCCAAUACCUGGUCAGUAAUUGUAUUGGUGUUUUGGUUGUUUAUGGCAUCCAUCCUCAUGCAGAGCUACACAGCAAACUUAUCAGCCAUUCUUACGGUAGAUCAAUUAAAUUUUGCAUUUUCUGAGGAUUACUAUGUGGGAUAUCAGGAGGGUUCCUUUAUGAGAAGUUUUUUGAAAGAACAACUACACAUUAACGAGUCAAGGCUCAAAAAAUACUCAUCAGUUGAAGAAUACCAUGAAGGAAUGAGUAGAGGAAGCCAACGAGGAGGCAUAGAUGCCAUAUUUGAUGAGAUUCCUUACAUGAAGAUUUUCCUCAAGAAAUAUGAUUCUCAGUACAGAAUAGUUGGACCAACAUACCCAACGGAUGGAUUUGGCUUCGCAUUUCCUAUUGGCUCUAACUUAACUGCGCAAUUCUCAAAGGCCAUCUUAGCCGUUACUCAAGGUCGAAACAUGACUUCUAUUGAGCGAAACAAUUUUGGACCUGGAUACUCUUCUCAAGAGCCACUUUCCUCAACAAUCUCGCAACAGACCUCCAGUCUUACUCUUUAUGAUUUCGGAGGGCUCUUCAUUAUUGUAGCGUCAGUUACUCUGUUUGCUCUAUUCUGUUCAGAGACAUCAGUUGGGCGAAAAUUUAUCUCCCUAACUGCUCAGUAUGGCCAAAAGAGCUUCUGUUUUUUGUCAUCAAAAUUUCAUUCAAUGCGGAAUGAUGACGAAGAAAUUCACGCAUCUGUCCCAGACACCGGUGCUACUUCCGGUGAAGGUGGAGAUGCAAUCGUCUUUGGAGGAAACCCUAGUGGAAAUGAGGAAGAAAAUUAUGAUCCUGGCCAGAACAAUGAGGGUGCUUCUGCUGAAGAUAGAGAAGUAAAAACUGACAGCACUGAAGAGAGGAAUUCCAUGGCACAUAGUUGACUAUAAACGCUUAUAAAUAUGUAAACUUUUUCAACAGAAGAUAUAUUGCUAUAAACAAAGAAAAAAAAUCCCAAAUAAUUUCGAUACCAAUUUGUUGUGAUAAUAGAAAAU